AUGCGAGCGUUCUCAGUUGUGGCACACUGUGCUGCCUGGUUGUUCCCCUAUCUGGGAACAACUUUUGCAGCACUCCCUUUUGGAAGAGCAAAUUAUACGACAUCAGUCUCAACUGUUUUCCAACUGGAGCAAAACGGCACCUGGUUCGAAAAUCUUCACGUUCGACGGAAUGGAAAUAUCAUUGUCUCGCGUUUCGAUGUUCCUGAGAUCUGGUCCAUCACUCCAGGCCCCGAUGGUUUCAGCCAGGGGUAUGGUUCCUUACUCUACCGGUUCCCGAACGCCACCAGUGUCCUAGGUAUCGCGGAGAUGGAGCGUGACGUGUACGCCGUGAUUGCAGGCAAUAUCUCCCUGCCUAGCAUUGUCCCAACUCCAGGAUCGUUCGUAGUCUGGAUGUUUGACCUUAAAGAGCAGGAGCCCCGCGCAAAAGUCCUGGCACCCAUGCCUGCCGGUGAAUUCUUAGACGGAGUGGCUCGCUUCCGCGAUGACUUACUUCUUAUCACGGAUGCCGGCAAGGGAGUGAUCUGGCGGUUGAACACCACCAGCGGGGAAUACUCGGUGGCCCUCUCCCAUUCAACUAUGCUGCCUGCCGAGGGCCAGCCAGUGAAGGUUGGAGUUAAUGGCCUGAAGGUCUUUCGCAACUAUAUCUACUAUACAAGCACGAGUCAAGAGGUGUAUGCUCGUAUUCCGGUUGACCAGAACGCAUCAGCCACCGGCCCGGUCGAGGUCAUUAUGAGUGGACUGACGUUCGACGACCUUGUGUUGACGGCCAGCGGAACAGCAUAUAUGACAACAAAUCCUCAGAACGAGCUGGUGGAAAUUUCGCCGGAGGGAUGGGUCCAUCUUGUCGCAGGAAACCAGUUUAAGAUCAGCCUUGGAGGAUUAACUUCUGUGGCCUUCAGCCGAGAUCAUUCUAUUCUUUAUGUGGCAACUUGCGGUGCGCAAUUCACCCCGGUAAUGGGGAAGGUAAUGGAGCCCGCUAAGCUUGUCGCAGUCAAACUCCGAGUCAAGUCGGGUGAUAACUGA